UGUCACCACGAAUAGGCUUGAAGGCGCUUCUCGAAACUUUCGAAGCACCUUCACUCUCUCACCAUUUUCUCUCCUCGUCUCUUUUCCACUUUAUCCCCCACACACUACAAAAUUGGAUUUCAAUUUCUCCGAACCCGAACCAAAUAUGUUCAGAUCAGCUCAACCCGCUUCAAAACCUUCCAAAUCCACCAUGAAAUUCCUCUGCAGUUACGGCGGCAGAAUCCUCCCUCGUUACCCUGACGGCAAGCUCCGCUACCACGGAGGCCACACCCGCGUCCUCGCCGUCGACCGCUCUAUUACCUUCUCCGAGCUGCUGCUUAAGCUGGAAGAGCUCUGCGGUGCCUCCGUGAGGCACCUCCGCUGCCAAUUACCCUCCGAAGACCUCGACGCUCUUAUCUCCAUCACCUCCGACGAAGAUCUUGCCAAUCUCAUCGAGGAAUACGACCGCGUUUCAUCGCUCAAGAUCAGAGCCUUCCUCUCGCCGCCCACGCCGUCCAGAUCUACGAACAACGCUUCCAGUCCUCCUUCGAAAUCAGCUUCAUUAUCUUCCUCCUCAGCGUCAUCGUCGUCGUCUUCUUCGUCGUAUUGCAGUCCUACUGACAAAUCUGGUCGGAGUUACAGAACCUCGGCCCCGGUGGUCGACCGUUGCGUCCAUCAGAUGUCGCCGGCUCCUGCGCACCGGGCCGCUGUGGAUAAAUCGAAAUCCCCCCGGAGGAAUAUUCCUCUCCCGCGCUACGGUUACCACGGGAGCGGUGGCCAGGUUUACCUGAUCCACCACGGGAACCACUGGCAAUAACGUUACGGUCUCGUUUGGAAAGAAUAUUGAAAUGGAUGGACUAAGAUAAAGAAGCAGGCGUUAUUAUAAAAAAUGAAAAUGAUAAAAUGGACUCUUACGAUGAUUUAGAAUAUAGUUAAACGAAGAUAAAAAAAGAAGACGAAGGAGAAUGAAACGGGGUAAGGAAAGGAAGGAAAGGAAAGAGUCCUGUAUAUGUGUGAUGUAAAGUGGGACUGUAAAAAUCGCUGGCAAGGGUUGCAGUUUUAGCUUGUGAUCCUUGAUUGCCCAUUAAUGAAUUUCACUCCAAUUUCGUGUUUCGUUUCGCUCCGUUUUUCUAAUGAUGGUUUAACUGAGGAUCGGAAGAAAAUCUUGUACAUGAUGGCUUUUGGCGUGUUUCAAUUUUAUGUGUUCUGGCCCGAUUCAAAGUGUGGACUAUGCAAUGGACACGACAUGAUGGAUUCGUAUGAACACGAUUAAGGUUGGCAACUAUGUUGGAAACCCGUAGAUAGCAUGGGGGACCAGGCUCCAGUUAAAGAGAUAAAUGAACUUAUCAUAAUGAAAAAUUAAAACCUUCUCAUGACAACUGGCUCAUGCAUGUUCAAAGAACUUGAACUCAUAAGAUGAGAAUAUAUGGCACAAAACUACAAAUUGCUGGAGCCAACAUAAAAUGAGAAUAUUUUCCUUUUUCUGAAAAAGAAAAGAAAAGAGAGAGUAACAUAAAAGAACAAGAGAGAGAAAAAACUAAGAAUAGGCUCAUCCUUUCAGCAAUGCUAGAUUGCAGAUUUUAGAAAGAAGAUUUUGUGUUGGAAAUAAAAGGACCUCCACUCAUGUAACAUUCAAAGGGAAGAUUCCUCUCGCUUUCUUAGUUUUGGAAGAGAUUUGAGAGAUAUUUUACCCACCCAGUUACCCGAAAUGAAUGGAUUAGUUUAUUUAUUAUUGAAAA